AUGCAGCUCUCGUCGUUCGUCAUCUUGACUUGCAUGGCAGCUGCCAAUGCCCUGAGCGUCCCCAGAAUGAACUCCCCGAUCAUUCUGUUUACACCCGGUGCCUGGCACGGCCCUUGGGCUUUCGAUGAGAUUCGCAAGGACCUCUCGAGCCGUGGUCUUUCGACAUCGGCCGUGACCCUACCUAGUGUUGGCACCAAGAACGUCAAUGUCGGUGUGGCGGAGGAUACGGCCGCCGUCCGUGCCGAAAUCGAGAGACUCAGCAACAAUGGCAAGCAAGUCAUUGUCGUGGCGCACUCAUAUGGUGGGGUACCUAGCCCAAGCCCCUUAUUCAGCUGA